AUGGCAGGUGAGCAUGAACCAUCAAACCAGGCGCGAGACUUGACAGUCCUGGAGGUCGUGUUUUUGGAACAGUGCUUGGCGGACACUUCAUUGCACCUGCUAGACAGGUUCGCGGCCGGAGUCUUUCUGUUUCAGAUUUAUGCACGCAACAGGUGGUCGGAUAUCCGUUUCGUCAAGACCCUUGAGUUUGAUAUCUUGCAACUCGAAGGAGCAACAAGGGGAUACAUUGAGGGUAGGGCAAAGGACGUCAAGCAAAGCAAUCGUAGAAAGAAGCAGACUCUCUUCAUGCCGUUGGUGGCACCAGUGAGAGGGGUCCACCCCUCCAUCAUUUGGGGGACGGUAUGGCAGUCAGUUGCCCAACAGGUGGGCCGAGACUUUGAACAGGACCCCGUAGGCCCUCUGCUGCCAGCAGUGGGACCGGAUGGAGGCUGGCUUAGGCGAAGAGUUGAUUCGCCGGAGGCCUCGGACUGGUUGACGAGACUGCUGCAGAAGCGCGAGCCUUCUCUUGCGAGAGACACUGACGAGCCUUUGCCACCGGACAGCCACAUAGGCCAACCGCCAAAGGAAACAGGCGGCCUGGAUUGCUACGAAAGAGAGGACUCGCCCAGUGCUGCACCGGUGGACGAUGACGUGCUGUCGUCGGGGCCGGAGCCGUCCGAGACAUCUCGGCUCGGGGUUGGGGCCUCGGACUCUGCAUGGGAGACCAGCAUCCAGCAGGCCUUGUUGUCCAAGAGGGAUACACAGCAACAUUCUACCGCUAGCAAUUCAGACAGCUCUGAAGCCUCGUCAUCGGAGCUAGGCUCGGGGAGUGACAGCGGAAAACCGCCCCUACUCACUUUGCCGGAGGGUUGGAGAGCCAUCCAGAACGUCAAGUCCACGAUGCUUCACCUCUACAAAGAGGGGGCGGCCUACGCUGCCACGCCACCUGGACAGGUGCUCACGGAUGACAAGGUUACCGACCUAUGCAACAAGCUGGGAGCGCACAAUCUGUCACUUAAUCAGCUAACAGUCGUGAAGCGGCUGUUGUUCGAGGCUCAGACGAUGAGUCUUGCACACCUCAAGGCAAGCAUCGACCAGCAGCCAGAGAGCGCGGUCCGCAAGUUGCCAGGAGCGGAAAGGGCCCAGAGGUUGGAGCUGCAGGCUCUGCGUCUUGGAGGUCUCGAGAUAAGGAACGACUUGGAACCUGCAUUCUGUGUUUAUGAUGCGGUUACCACACAGAUUGAACAAGGCUCCUUGAAAUACAUUCAUCCCAGCAAGGUCCCCACGAGACAGCAAGAGCUGUCUCAAUCCAAGCCAGCCAAGGAACUGACUUUGGAUGCGUCAGGCAACGGCCUGGCAAUACAGGACAAGUCGUCCAAGGUACAGGCCCAGCUUGGAACCGAGAUGGCCACGUACAGAGCACUGCAGAGGAGAGGGCUGGCAUAUGAUUUGAUAGGAGUUCUGAGCUUUCGAGUGCACGAGCGGUGGCUGCAGAAAGCCUUUGCGCACAUGAGUACUCCCGCACCGCCAGGCUAUAAUCGACCUAGCCUGCAGCAAGUUCUCAGGGCUGACAGAGCCCUGUGGCUCGAGCUGGCAAGCCGGCAACCGCAGUUGACAAGGUCAGCGGCCAACGCCCCCGCCGCAGACGCCAGGUGCCUGGACAAGGCCUUCGAGGAGGCUAGCAGCACGAUGGAUGUGAAUUUUCACUUCAUGCCUUUGGUGCAUGCACCGCAGCAGCUGCAUGACAAAGGGGGCCACGGGGGACGAUGGAAGAGAUGGGGGGAUGGCAAGGGAAGUCAGUGGACACAUCAAGAGAAGUGGCAGAGAACCGAUAAAGGUAAGGGUGGAGGAAAGCCUGCUUUCAAGGGCAAGGACGAUGGUAAAGGGAAAGGGAACAGUUCGAAGACGCCCUUUAUCAACAUGUCUUUGGACUAUCGGAGUAGCAGGAACACCACGCCCAUGCCAGCUGGCCUUCGUGGUGGUGUGCCGGCUGACGAUAACGGAGAGGCCAUUUGCUUUGGCUUUGGACUGGGGCAAUGUAAGGAGGUAGCGGACAGUGCGCAUCAAGAUGCUCCCAAUCGUGAGAGCACGUUAGGAGCCUCAGAGGUUUUGGACAAUUUUCGCGAGACCUCAGUGGUCUUGCCACUUCAGAGUACACAGGACUCUGAGACAAUUUUGAAGCAUCAGGAGGAACAAUGUGCUGAGCCUCUCGUCAAGAAAGCACAGGCUAAGGAUCACGGAAGCUCCCAGGAGCAACAGCAACAACAGGCCAACACAAGCGACGGAUGCGCUGUACCUCCCUUAGAACAAGGGUCGGCUAGCCGCGCUCCGGAGACGGCACCGGAGUUGCCGGACUCUCCCCAGGCAACGGAGGAGAGCGGAAAUCAGAGUGCAGAGACACGACGGCCACAGUUUUUGCAGGGAUGUUGGAUUCUGGAGAUCUUUGCCGGGACUGCAGCAAUGGUGGCGGCUGCUGCAGCCGAGGGCCUUAGCCGCUCAGUUGGGAUCGAUCAUGUUAGGUUAGCCUCCAGAAGAGGCAAGGUCAUUCAACUUGAUUUGCUGCUGCCAUCUCACCGUCAGUUGCUUUGGAAAUGGCUACGGGCCCCAGGGCUAGUGGCGGUUUGGCUGGCGCCUCCGUGCGGCACGGCCAGCAGAGCACGCGAAAUACCACUCCGCAGAGAUUCCGAACCACGACCGCUGAGGACUUCAGAAAACCCAGCAGGCAGGCCUGACUUGAGCCCCGACGAGGCCGACCGGGUUGGGAAGGCUAACAGUCUGUAUCGCAUAACUGCUGAGAUUUGGAGCUUUUGCCUGCAACAUGACAUUCUUGUGGUCAUUGAGAAUCCAUACCGCAGCUUCUUCUGGCACCUUCCGGAAAUUACAUCCAUUUUGCAGGACGACAGAGCAGUGCUCGUUCGCUGCGACUUCUGCAUGUUUGGGGGUAAACGUCUUAAAAAGACUGCGUUGCUGGCAAACGAUCAGAUCAUACAUGCUCUAGCCGUGCAGUGUGAUGGUCAACAUGAACACCUGCCUUGGGGGGUAGUUGAUGGAGAGUUCGCUACAAAGCAAGAGACUGCCUAUACCAAUGUGUUCUGCAGGACUUUCAUGCUAGCACUCACGAGGCAUCUGCGGGAACGCGGAUUCAAAGAUGAGAGAGAGGUCCAGAGCUGCCUCGGGCAAGCAACUGCGACGGCCAAAGUACUGACCACCAAGGCACACACCAAAAGAGCGGCAUCCUUCAGGAUGUUGCCGGAAUUCAAACAGACGCUGCGGUGGACAGUGUCGCGAGCUCAAAGAGAGCAGGUCUACAGGCCAACGUGGAUGCCAGUGGAUCGGAUCCCGGGGUUGAAAGUUCAGACAGUGGGAGAGAUCAAAGUGUCUCCCGUCUCAGGGAGUCCUACGGACGUUUGGCUGGAUGUGUGUUGGUCUCCUCAGGAGUUCGUUCUGCAGGCCCGAAAGGCAGGACACCCAUCCCACAUGCACCUUGGCAUCCCACCUGCAUUGAAGCAGGCCAUAGACAAGAUUGCUAGGCUCAGCUCUUCAGAACUGGCCAAGAUCAGGGCAUCACAGUCGCGUAGAUGGCUUGCGCGUGCAUCGCAGCUCCAAGAAGCAGAACAAAAGUUCAAGGAGUCCUUGCCCCUGCACAUUCAACAGAGUCUACAGAACAAGCGAGUCCUGCUGUUUAAGGAAAUGCUUGAGGCGUCGCAUUAUCCUGAUAAGGCGGUCGCUGACGAUCUAGCACGGGGAUUCAGCCUCGUAGGCCACUUGGCACUACCAGAAGGUUGGACCCCAGACUUCAGACCUGCUACUCUCAGUCUUGAGGACCUGGUCGAAUUGACACAGGAAUCCAACGAGCAGGUUGUCAAGGAGGUGGCGGCCUCUACCUCAUUCACGGAGGAGCUUUGGCAGAAGAGCAUGGAGGAGGUGGACAAGGGAUGGUCCGAAGGACCUUUCAGCCUAGACCAGGCUCCCGAAGGGGCGAUAUUCAGCAAGCGGUUCGCAAUUCAACAAGGCAAGAAGGUCAGGCCGAUCGAUGACCUCUCCCAGUCCUUUCUCAACGCAUGUUUUGGAUCCGAAGGUAAGAUUGAGCUGCAUGAUGCAGAAACAAUCACGGCGGCCAUCCUCAUGUUCAUGCGGAGGAGUGAUGCAGACCUGGUCGGAAAGACCAUUGACUUGAAGUCGGCCUACCGACAACUCCCGCUGUCGACUGAGGCCCUCAGAAUGUCCUUCGUCGCGGUAAAGUGUCCUCGGACAGGACAGGUCAUGCUGUUUAGGUUGCUCUGCCUGCCCUUCGGGGCUGUAGCAGCUGUACACUCCUUUAUCAGGAUCAGCCUAGCUCUGUGUCAUUUGGGACACUUCUUUUGGCUUUUGCCGUGGUCAAGUUUUUACGAUGACUACACUUUGCUUUCGACCUCAACGGCAGCCCAGUCCAGCGAUCGCAGUGCUUCCUUUUUGUUGGACCUGUUGGGUUUCGACUUUGAUAGGGACGGUGACAAGGCACAGCCGUUCAAGAGCCACUUCAGGGCAUUGGGCGUGGAAUUCAACUUGGCUGCAGAAGGUCACAAGACCUUUCAGGUCGGGAACACGAAGGAGAGGACCGACGAGUUGAUCAAGGACUUGGCAGAGCUUGCAACCUCGGGAAAAAUUUGGCCCAAAACAUGGAAUCGUCUUAGGGGACGCCUACACUUCGUCUCCAGCCAAUUGACGGGCCGGGUGCCCAAGAGACUCAUGCGGAGGAUCUCUGAAUACGCUUCGGCGCCCAGGCACGAAAAGGGACAGCACCAAUCUGCCCUUCGCAAUUGCCUGCUUCAACUUCAGGACUAUAUUUCUGAGGCCAGACCCAGGACCCUGAGAGCCUUCUCGUCUGAGACCGUGUACCUUUUCACGGAUGCUUCGCAGGAAGGAGAGGCAGGCUUGCACAUGGGACUCGGAGCCGUGCUCUUCAACCAGCAAGGGAACAUUCUGGCUUGGUUCGGCAUCUCUUUGCCUCAGGAGCCGGCUGAGGUGCUGGUGGCCGGCAAACAGAAAGUCAUAAACGAGUUGGAAAGUUUGGCGGUGCUUUUGUCCUUCGUCCUCUGCGAGGCAUUCAUCAAAGAGCGCCACAUCAUGUGUUACCUGGACAAUGAGGCCGCACGGGUAACCUUGCUCAAGAUGACGAGCGACUCGGAGACCCUCAGCCUCUUGGCCCACACUUGUGCGCUGUUGGAAGAAGCAAUGGGCAUGUUCACAUUUUACGGGCGGGUGCCUAGCAAAUCUAAUGUAGCUGACGCCCCGUCUCGUUUGGACUUCCGUGGCCUUCCACCUGACAAGAGGAUAAGAGAUGAUGAGGUCCUGGCUCAAGUGCGAGCCAUUGUUGUCAACCUGCAGCAAUCCCUGAGCCAAGGGAACUGUUGA